AUGUCGGCACACGAAAUGGGCCGUGACCGUCGUCACAGGGGCAUGAUCGAAGACGAGGAUGCUGCGAUCGGUAAACUUGGAUCAGAAUUCGACGACAUUGGCUGUCUGCUCAUUUCCGAGGUCGAGCUCGUUUUUUCACAGCCUGACCAGCUCGGCUCGAUGGCGAACCCAGCCGGAGCUGGUGGCAGGGACGAAGUUGCCACUGCGGUAUUCUCCAAGACCAAAGACUACGUCUCCGAGUUUUCGCGUUACAAGGAUCCAAACACGAUCCGUGAGAUCCGAGAACUGUUACUCAAACACGCCAAGCUCGACGACAGGCAGAUCGACGAAGACGGCAACGAGCUCCCCGAAGACGAAGCCAACGCCGCCGGUCUGCAGUUGACCCAGUUUGAAAUGGCCCAACUUGCCAACCUCUGUAUCACCGAAGUCGACGAGGCCAAAGCGUUGAUCCCGACCUUGGCGACCAGGGACGAUGCGCUACUCGACAGCCUCUUGCAGGAGUUGGAUAACAUUCGAAGGUUCUCCUGA